AUGUAUACUUUUACGCAUCAUUUCUUCAGCAUGCCCUUCCAAGAUCCAGAAAAGGAACGGCAAUACCUCAAGGAGAGCUGGUUCCUAUCAAAACGAAUGGCCUUGAUUGUCUCAAUAUACUACUACAUGGCGUGGGCCUUUAUGAUGGGCUUCUAUCCGCGACCAUGGGGAGUCUUCGAUUAUUACGCGUGGAUCGGUAUAUCUGGUUUCUUCAUCAUUCCGCUCAUGCCUCUGAUUGUCUUGGACGUUCCCAAGCGCUUUCCAAAUGCGUGGCAACUAUACGUCUUUGCCCUUACAUGGAUGUGGCCGCUUCUUCUCAUGCUUCAAUUGCACGUCUGUCACUUUUACGGCAGUACACCAGCGACUUGUGGCACCAAAGACUUCGUCGGUGUCUUCUACGUGCUGACAGUCAUGCCAAUACUUGCAAUGCUAGCUCUUGGACAAUCACGCUUCUGUACCAUUGUCGGGACCAUCUCAGCGCUCAUCUUUAUCGCAAUUGCAAUUGUUCCCAUUCGCAUUUCAUGGCUUCGUCAUUGGUUCAACUACUUCUUCUUCAUCAUUUUCAUGACGACCAUUUCCUACAUGAAGGAAAAGACUGACCGUCGUAUCUACAGCCUUCGCGAUCAGCUCAAGGCACAAUUCAAAGCAACACAAAAGGCUCAAAUUUCAGAGUCGCGUGCAGCAGACAGCAAGAAGCGAUUCGUCUCGUACAUCUUUCAUGAAGUGCGUGUGCCACUCAACACGGCUCUUUUGUCCUUGCAGAAUUUGGUUGGCGAAGAAGUCUUCAAGGGUAUGGCUGUUGAGCAUGUUGAGCUCGUGGAUGUACUGCAAGCCUCGCUUGGCAUGAUGGAGAAGGUGUUAAAUGAUGUCCUCGACUUUAACCGGAUGGAGGCUGGCAAGCUCAUGUACACGCUUGCGCCAUUUGACUUCGGCAAGGUCAUCAAGUCUGUCUUAUUGGGUGGUGCAUUCGCUGCCAAUUCGAAAGAUGUCGGCCUCAGUAGUGCUCUGGAUCCGCGCAUCAAUAACUUUGGACUCUUGGUGGGUGACGAGAUGCGACUCCGGCAAAUCUUGUCGAAUCUCAUGUCAAAUGCUUGCAAGUUUACAGAGAGUGGUGGAAGCGUGACGAUUGUCACGAAAUUGACAUAUCCGACGCCAGAUCGCAACGACGUAUCUAUUUCUGGUGCAAGUGGCACGACCACGGGGACCAUGAGCGCAACGACAAAGGUAGCGAGCUCGCUUCCAAUAAAACCCGAGCAGAAAGUGACGAUUCGCAUGGAAGUGCAAGAUACAGGACUCGGCAUUAGUCCACGAGAUGUACUCAAGGAUCGCCUGUUCAGCCCGUACGUCCAAACUGAGAUUGGCAAACGUCAAGGUGGCAAGGGAACGGGACUGGGACUUGCCCUUGUGCGCAAUAUUGUCGAGCUCUCCGGUGGACGACUUGGUCUACGAUCUUGCGUUGGCGAAGGAUCUACAUUUUGGAUUGAAAUGUCCUUUGGUGUGGCAGAUGCGCAUAUCUUCGAAGCUGGUCUUCAGCGGCGUGCCUCGAUCGUUGCGCAUCCAACUGGAACUGCUCCGACCGAUAUUGAUAGCGCCAAUGCGGCUCCGGCUGUUGCUACAGCAACCAUAACGACCCUGAGUCAGCAAGGCCCUGGCAAUAUCGUUGCACAGCGUGCCCUACUCAUGGGCGGCCAAGCAACAGCUGCUUCCGUUGCCGAAGAAACGAUGCGUCGCCCUAGUCUGGUUGCCUUGCAUUCGUCUGAAUUUGAGCUCGCAGAAAUCCCUAUUCCGGCAAACUCGACAUUGCCUCGAGCCUAUGCGCCUGCAGAUCACGAGUUGCGCACGGGUUCCUUUAGCUUUGGCCGACCACGCGAUAUUGACGAGUCUGAGCCCUGUUCAGUCUUGGUGGUGGAUGAUGACUUGUUGACGCGGCGAUUGCUUGCGCGCAUGUUGACACGAUUGGGUCAUGCUGUAGAACAGUCUGAGAAUGGAUUGUUGGCGCUCAACAAAAUUCGAGAGCGGUCGAGAGAGACUCGGCCGUAUGAUCUUGUGCUCUUGGACAAUCAAAUGCCUGUCAUGUCUGGUGUGGAAAUGGUCAUGCAAUUGAGAUUAGAAGGAUUGCCUACCUUUGUCUGUGGCUGUACAGGCAAUGCUCUGUCUACAGAUGUACAAGAAUACCUGGAUGCUGGAGCCAACCACGUUUUGACGAAGCCUGUCAUGGAAGCUUCUAUCAAACGCAUGGUCCAGCUCGCCAAGGAUUAUCGCAGCCAGCCCAUUCAACUACACGCCAACGACUUGUUCAAUGUCAAGUAA